AUGAAAACUCGUCUAUGAUUGUGUGAGAUUUCAUUUGAAAAUACAGAGUUUUCGACAAGAUCAUUUUGUGUUGUAAAAUCUGAGUGCAAUGUGUUUCCGACCAUGGUGCAAAAGACAUUUUGUUACAAGAAAUCCUAUGUAGAUGUGUUACAUCUGUUUCAAGAACAUGUCAUCAGAAAGGAACGUCAAUGUUAGAGAUUCGAAUGAGAAGAAAGAAGGUAGAAUUGUUCUUCCAACUGUCGCUAAAAGUUUUACAAACGACGAAAUUAUGUCUUCAGAGUAUAGAUCCAGAAGUUUUGGAGAAUCAAGCAGGAAUAAAUCCUCGACUUUACCUUUCAGUAAUCAAAUUUGUGACAACGUUGGAAGCGUAGAUCAUUUCCAAGCAAUUCGAUCAAAUCUGGAUAUUUGUAGGUCUUCCAAGAUUCUUGAUAGCUGUGUAAUUUCAAAUGAUUCACAACCUUUAGAGAAAAGCAGAGAAAUUAAAGUCUUCCCGGGUUCAUCAUCAGAGUUGAACAAGCUAACAUCAAGUGCAACAAUCACAGAUAAUGUAGCGGAAAAAAAUAAAAAAUCAUCUGCGGAUCAAAAGAGAUUUUAUCAGCGCAAAUUCUCCGGACUUUCUGGAAUUAAACUUCCAGUCGGACGUUUUUUCAAAUUUCUCCGCCCACCAUUACAGCGGAGAAAUUCUUGUCCAGUGCUCAGCAUUUCUGAACUGAAAUCAGAUGUUAAAGCCAAUGGGACGACAGAAGUGAAGCCUGAAGACCUUCCAAAUGCAAAAGUAAUUCCAGAUCGGGACAUAAACAGUCAGCAUAAUCUAAGCUGCCGGCUAACAAAAUGGACUUCUCAUUCUGAAUUACUUCAGCCGGAAGUGAAUAUUCCUCAUAAAGAGUGUGUAAUCAAAAACAAAAAUCGAAUAUCUCUGAGGAAUAGAAAUAUCAAUACAGCGCUGAACUCAGAACUCACAAGCGUUGAAUCGUCUUUAGAAGGGAAAGCUAAUUCUUUCAGCGAGAGUCAAACGAAUAGCUGUAUUACUAACUUUGGAACUAAUGCGAGUAGAAUUUCUAAAAUAGAAUCCGUGAAGCCCUUCGUGGUUGAAAAAACUGUGAUAAUUGUUUCUGAAAAUUCUCCUGCUUUUGCUUGUGAUUCUGAUAGCAAAUGUAGCGAAAAAGGAUUGAAUUCUAGUUAUAUCAGUAAUAUUGAUACAUCCAUUCCAUAUAUAAGCAAUGCAUUGAUAUACCUGGAUUCAGAAAAGAAAAGUAGUUCAAAUGGUAUUGAUAAUUCCAUAAAAGGAAUAAAUGAAACUUUUACCAACCAAGUAAAAGUUAUCAAUUCUCUUUCCAAUAAUCCUGAAGUGGAUCAUCUGUCCUGCCACCACUCUUCAACUAAUUUAUUUCAAGUCCACCAAAAAGGGUUUGAAGAAAAAUAUAUUGACCGAACAUAUCAGCAAACACAGCAGCAAUUGUACUAUUCUAAUUCAAAUAGUUUAGAAAAAAGUAGAGAAGAUCUCACAACUAAUUCAACAAAUGACAAUUUAUGUAGAUUAAAUAUUUCAGAAGGUAACUCUCAUUCAUAUUCCACAAGACCCGCACAAAAUAGCAGUACAGACAUUAAUAUUACUGCAAGUGAACAACCUACUAAACUGCAUUUUGCAAGUGAUGGAAUCAAUGAUUCAGAAUAUCAAAUUGCCUCAAACUCUUUAGAUAGUUUACAAUGCAAACAGAAUAUAAUUACAGCGAAUAACAAUGAAUUACACACAAGUUACGAACCACUUUAUGCUGUCGUAAAAAAAUUUUCUAGUAGCAAAACGCAUGUGCUCAACAAUUGGGGAAAUGAUCAAUAUCAUAAUACCAAUGUAGAUUCAAGUUAUGAAGCUCAAACAUAUAAGAUCUCUGAAAAUGGUAUGAAUAGAACAUUAGCCUAUUUUGGAUGUAGAAAAACGGUCAAAACCACAGCCAACAAACAGAAUGAAUUAAAAAUAAAUCCUGCUUUGUACAUAUGUGAAGUAGAUAAUUCAUUUUUGGUUCAAAAUAAUCAGCAAAAUCAAGUAGAAAGUGGAUAUUUCGAUAAUGUAUUUGAACAAAAUACAUCAAGCAGUUACCCAAGUUCGGAAGUUCCAAAGACAUCUAACGACAAGACUGCUAAUGAAAUUCAAAAUUCUCAAAGUCUUCAGCCCCAGCAAAUACAUAUCGUCUACAAUCAAGUGCGGAAUAAACAGUUGUCAGAAAAGCCAUUUGAUACAGCUAAAUGCCCAAUUUUGAAUGUUAACUGUACUGAAAAUAGUUCGUGUAUCAGUAGUGAUGUAUUGGACUUCGGCGAAAACUCAUCACAUGCAUCGACAACUGAUUUACAAAAUGAGCAUAUUACAGAAUGCUAUAACGUUAAAUUAGAUGCACCUGAAGAAGUCAUUGUAGCUGGUUUUCAUGAUUUUUGCCAUACGAUGUUGUCUCUUGAAGACGGCACCGAAAUCCCCGAUACAGGAACUGUGAAAAGAAGACCAGGAUACAAAAAAGAUAAAACUGAACUUUCUGCUAACAAACCUAGCACAAACAUGGAUAACCAUUUAGAUAAUAUCACAAAAAUUGAAAAAAAUAAUAUUCAAUCACUAGAACUAUCUAAAAGGGAUACGAUGUCUUCCGUACUUACUACACAAGAACCUGCUUGUAACAGAACAUCAGAUGUGUCUGAAGAGAGCAUCAGCUUUUCGUCGGAUAAAUUAUUAGAAGAAAUACAAAACAGUAAAUCUUUAGAUAAAAUGAGCAUCAAAGAUCCAGAUGUAAUUGAUGCUAUGACAGUUUUAGAUAACUCUCUCUUGGAAAUAUCAGAAUCAGCAAUGGACCCGGUUAUAGGCAACUUACCAAGAACUCAUUCAGAAGGAAGAAAAUCUAGAGAAGAAACCCAUGAGAAACCAGAUACAAAAUGCCCAGUAAAAAUUUCAAAAGAAGAUAAGAUUCAAUGUGAUAAUUUAAUAGAAGAAUUAACAUUUGAAGGUAUAAGUAAAAGAGUGUCAAAUAUCUUUAAUAGCUCAGAUUCAGCCUCGGUUCAAGGCGAAAGCAUUGCUGUUACUAUUUCCAGCAUGAAAACUCAGCAAACCUUCUCUAAUUUAAAAGAUACUCAAAAUUUAGGAGUCGAUUUGGAACAAGAACAAAGUCCAGAAGGCAGUAACGGUUGGUUGAAUACACGAUCACCCAAUUCACUCAAAGUCACUAGUAUAUCAUCAGACAUAAAGAGUUGUUAUGAAGAUAUUUCUUCGGACUUCUAUGAUCCCGAAAAUGAAAUGAAAAAAGUGAACCAUUUGACAGACUUCCCAACAUCUAUGGUACCAGGAAGUCCGAACGCUGUGUACCCUUUGCAAGUAUCAAUUGAUCACAAUUCUUGUGCUCUAUUACAAAAUUGUGCUGCCGCCAACAGAACAAGCCCAUGCUCAGUUGAUUCGGGAACAAGCUCACAUAAUCAAGGAUUUUUUGUCGUUGUUGCAAUUGAUUUUGGAACAACAUACAGUGGAUAUGCCUUUAGCUUCACUCGAGAUCCAGACAAUAUUCACAUGAUGAAAAAAUGGGAUGGAGGAGAUCCAGGUGUGUUUAACCAAAAAACACCGACAACUUUAUUGUUAUCACCAGAAGGUACGUUCCAUUCAUUUGGAUACUCUGCAAGGGAUUACUACCAUGACUUGGACGAAGAAGAAGCUAAAAAAUGGUUAUACUUUGAAAAAUUUAAAAUGACUUUGCAUCACAAUGAGCAUCUAAGCCUUGAAACAGAAAUUGCAGCUGCAAACGGUAAGCAUAUGCCGGCUGUCACAGUUUUUGCACAUGCUUUACGUUACUUUAAGGAUCAUGCGUUACAAGAACUCAGUGAUCAGUCUGCAACAAAAAUCCUAAAUGAAGAUGUAAGAUGGGUCGUAACAGUUCCUGCCAUUUGGAAACAGCCUGCAAAACAAUUUAUGAGAGUUGCUGCUUAUAAAGCAGGAAUCGCUAGCCCUGACUAUCCCGAACAACUUCUAAUUGCUCUGGAACCCGAAGCAGCAUCCAUAUACUGUAGAAAAAUGAGACUUCAUCAACUAGUUCCGGAUGAAACCCAUUUUCAUCGGUCGUCUUUCCAGUGGAAAACAGGAAAGGAAGCAGAGCCAAAAACUGGAUUAACAAUCAGAGACAAAGAUUUCAGUUCCAGCAAUUUAUCUCAGCUAGGAAAUGAUAAUUCAUUCACAUCAGGUACUCGCUAUAUGGUUGUAGACUGUGGAGGCGGUACAGUAGAUAUUACCGUUCAUGAGCUUUUGGAUAAACAAGGAACGUUAAAAGAACUUCAAAAAGCUUCUGGCGGUCCAUAUGGCGCAAUAGGUGUUGAUAUGGAAUUCGAAAAGUUGCUCUGUGACAUAUUUGGUGAAGAUUUCAUUCAACAAUUCAAAUUUAAGCGACCUACUGGAUAUGUUGAUUUAAUGAUUGCAUUUGAAGCAAGAAAAAGAAAUGCAAACCCCUACAAGACAAAUCCUUUAAACAUUUCCUUGCCUUAUUCUUUCAUAGAAUUCUAUGAGAAAUGCACAGGAUCGUCUGUAGAAUCAGCAAUAAAGAAAUCUAGUCACAAGAAUGUAAAGUGGUCUUCUCAAGGAAUGCUUCGCCUGGAACCACCUGCAAUGGAAGAUUUAUUUCGAAGAACAAUUGAAAAAAUUAUACAGCAUAUAGAAAGUAUUAUUAACCAAAAAGAUAUUGGAAUAGACGAUAUUUUCCUUGUUGGUGGAUUCGCAGAAUCAUUAAUUCUUCAAAAAGAAAUCAAAGAUGCAUUUUCUUCAAGAUUAAAAGUUAUUAUACCCCAAGGAGUUAGUUUAGCAAUACUUAAAGGAGCAGUACUCUUUGGUUUAGAUCCCACAACUAUAAAUAUUAGGAGAUUAAGAAUGACUUACGGUGUGGGUGUACUAAAUCGAUUCAUUCAUGGUGUUCAUCCACGAGAAAAGCUUGUGAUAAAAGAUGGAAUACAAUGGUGUGCUGAUGUAUUUGAUAAAUUCGUAGUUAAUGAACAAUCAGUAGAUAUAGGAGAUGUUGUAGUAAGAUGUUACACACCAGCUAAAGAUGGUCAAUCAUGCAGCGUUAUACAUAUUUACUGCAGUGAAAAGGAUAAUGUAUAUUUUAUUACAGACCCGGGAGUAAAACGAUGUGCAACUUUAAUAUUAGAUCUUUCAGACAGUCGAUUUAUACAGGGAAGGGAAAUACAAACACAAAUGAUGUUUGGUGAUACAGAAAUCAAGGUUAGUGCACUUGAUGUCACCACAGGAAAAUGUGUAAAAGCCGAAAUAGACUUUUUAAAUCAAUGAAUAAAAUUUAAAUAAAUAAUAAAUUUUAUUAGAAAAAUAUGUAAUAUUUUUCAUAAUUCAUUCUCACAAUGAAAUAUUCUAAUUCUACUAGAUUAUUUACAGUUAAAAGAUUACAGAAAUAAGAAAACAUGUCAUCAAAUAACACAAUUAAUCAAUAACACAAUAAUAUCCGUCAUUGAAGAAAAAAAUAUUCUUAGCAACUUAGAGAAACGAUUUCAAUUUCGAUCACGAAUAUAGUACAAAAUAUUUAAGUAAAUUCUUAAUCUUACAUUGAAAAGGUAGUGAGAAAUUGCUGCAAAAAUUAAGUACUUUUUGGACACCUUAACCAAAAAAAGCACCAUUUUAAUUUCAUACAUACAUAA